GUCUAGAAAGUCUCUCACGGCGUGGCUUCGUUCUCUUCGUUGUCGAGCGGCGUAGUGGGUGCCACCACUUUUCGAGGACGACUGCGAAACGAGUUGCUACGUCUUUAGCGCGAAGGCGAAGGAGAGGAAAGAGGAGGCUUCGAUCGGUAGACGUGCCUUCCUCUGAUCAUCCUCAACGAGUCUCACGCGUUAUUGAAAAUAUGGCGGGAACGGAGACGCCGAACGUAAAGUCCGACGUAACGAAUCCAUCCUCUGAGACAAACGAAAAUAAUGCAAGAGAAAGGAACGUACAAGGCGGAGGUGGUGGUGGAGGAGGAGGAGGUGGUGGAGGAGGAGGAGGCGGUGGCGGCGGCGGUGGCGGCGGAAGUAACCGUGGACCUCGUGGUAGAAAAGGAGGUACAAGAUUUUCCGGCGGACGUGGCGGUGGAAUGAUGGGCGGCAGAAACGAUGGACCGAUGAAAAUGAAUGAUUCCAUGAUAGACGGUGGCUUAGAUAAUACAAUGUCGGAAGGAAUGGGAGGUAUGGGAGGAAUGGGUGGUAUGGGAGUUCGUGGAGGCAGUAUGCGUGGUGGUAGAGGCGGCAGAGGUGGAGAUAGAAAUAUGGGAAACCGUUCUCAAGAUGAUCGAUUAAUGGAACGGAUAAUGGCUAUAAGUGGUCCUACGCAUGAGCUGCCGCCACAAGAAACUGCAGAAAAGAAAUUCAGUGGUCGUAACCGCUUAUAUAUUGGUAAUCUUACAAAUGAUGUUACCGAAGAAGAAAUUCAGGCGAUGUUUGCUCAGUAUGGUGAAAUAUCCGAACUGUUUGUAAACAAGGAAAAGAAUUUCGCAUUUCUUAGAAUGGACUAUCGAGUAAAUGCAGAAAAAGCAAAACAUGAGCUAGAUGGAACCAUGCGUAAAGGACGUGCUCUGAAAGUACGAUUCGCUCCUCAUUCUUCUACGAUAAAAAUAAAGAAUCUCACUCCGUGGAUUUCGAAUGAAUUGUUAGAAAGGGCAUUCAGUGUAUUUGGAGAAAUUGAACGUGCAAUUGUUAUUGUGGAUGACAGAGGGAAGUCCACGGGUGAAGGUAUAGUUGAAUACUGUAGAAAACCAUCUGCUCAACUUGCUUUGAGAAAAUGCACAGAAGGAUGUUAUUUUCUUACUGCAUCUCUUCGGCCUGUGGUUGUCGAACCUUUUGAGCAACAAGACGAUAUUGAUGGUUAUCCUGACAAAAAUUUACCACGGAAGAAUCCUGAAUUUUUCAAGGCUCGUGAAAUUGGACCAAGAUUCGCGCAAAUAGGUAGUUUUGAACACGAGUAUGGAACAAGAUGGAAACAGUUACAUGAAUUAUACAAACAAAAGGAAGAAGCGUUGAAACGAGAAAUGGCAAUGGAAGAAGAGAAAUUAGAAGCUCAAAUGGAAUUUGCAAGAUACGAACAUGAAACCGAAUUACUUAGAGAACAAUUACGUAUGCGUGAAGCUGAUAGAGAAAGACAAAAGAGAGAAUGGGAAAUGAAGGAACGACAAGCGGAAGAACAGAGAACACGAGAAGAAGAAUUAAGGAGACGUCAACAAGAAGAAAUGGCGAUCCGUAUAAGACGGCAAGAAGAAGAAUUACACAGGCGACAACAAGAAAAUAAUUUGUUUAUGCAGGGCUCUGCUCCUUUUCUUUUUAAGGAGCAAGCGAUGAGAGGCGGUGGUGCAGGCGGCGGUGGAGGUGGUGGUCUUGGAGGCGGAAAGAAUUAUGAUUCCGUUAGUAAUAGUGAUCGCGACGGUUAUGGCCAACCAGACGGUGGAAGCAGUAUGCCAGUGGAUCCAAAGUCGUUUAUGGACGCAUACAAUAACAUGGAUCGUGGUAGUCGCGGUGGCUAUAGCGACGAUCGGGGACAAAUCAUGGAUUUGAUGGAUAUGAGAGUAGAUAUGAGUAACAUGGGUGGCGGUCGUGGUGGUAGUGGCGGAGGUGGACGUUGGCAAGGAAACGAUCGUAAUCGUCAAGACGAUUACCCUAAUAAAAGGAGACGUUAUUAGAAAGAGAAAGAAAAUUACGAAAUGAAAUUUACGGUAGAAAAGUAAAAAAGAAACAAAAAAAGAAAAGGAACAAAAAAGCGAAAACAAAAAAAAAGAACAGAAAAGAAAAAGAUUAAAAAAAAAAAAGAAAAGGAAAAACCGCGUAAAAUAUUACACCUAUCUUCUCUAUAUCUAUUUCUAAUAUCUAUUUCGAGACACACAUGCAGAUCAUCAUCUUCGUUGUACGAUUUGCUUCAUUCUAAAUGCUAUUUCUCUUUCUAUCUCUCUCUUUUUCUCUCUAUCUCUAUUUCUAUUUCUAUCUCUUUUUUAUAAUGACUGGAAUAUAUAUAUAUAUAUAUGUAUAUAUGAUGUGUGUAUAUAUAUGUGUAUAUAUAUAUAAUCUGACGAAUGAAUAAACUCUCUUUAUCUAUCUCUUUCUUACUAUCUAUCGGAAUCUAAAGAAGUAUACAUUAUGCCUCUCACGUCCAAUACAAUUAAGAUUGAAACGAAGGGAAAGAAAACUAGUCUUCUUUAGAAUCAAUGAACAAUGAUAUGUAGGGAAGAAAGGGAGGAUUAGAGACAAAUGUUGGAUAUAUCGUCCGCGUAUGAAAAAAAGGAAAAAAUGAAUAAAAAAAAAAUUAUAAUGAACAAAAAAAAAGGAAAAAAAAUAAUUAUAACGAAAAGAAGAAAAGGGGUGUUAGUAGUUUUGAUGACGAGGUAGAUCGCGCAACGAGAUAUAAAAUGUGUUGUGUGUGUGCAUGCAUAUACAUUAAAUGCACAUACUGUCCGAUGUUCUCCGCGCUCGAAAUACUUUUGCUGGGAAAAAAAAGAACAAAAAAAAUAAUAUCGAACUACAAAAUAUAUAUUUAUAAUUUACGAUUUUCUAAGUUAAGGCAUUAGUUUAUACAUACAUAAUAUACAUAUAUACAUAUAUACAUACAUACAUACAUACAAACAUACAUACAUACAUACAUACAUAAAUGGAUACAUACAUACAUACAUGCUACGAAUUAAUGUAGACUGCAUUUUUUUCCUUUUGGACCGAGAACGACAUACUUCCAUUCGCCCGUUUUUCGAGCAAAAUAUCGUAUAAAAAGGAGAAAGAUUUAUAUAUAUAUAUAUGCAUAUAUAUGUAAAUAUAUAUGUAUAUAUAAAGAAAAGGAUACAUAUUGAAAUGUGUACGUUUUAAGUUUGUUUCGGUGCGCAUGUACUUUAAAAAUAAUCGUGUGAGAAAUCUAUAAGAUUGAUAUAUUUGACAUUAACCAAAACUUUUAACCUUUAUUAUCUCGGCAGACAUUAAAUGUGCAGUUUCUAUUUCGUACUCUUUACGAAGUGAAAUACACUUUAUAUUGUAGAGUAAGGUGUGUUGUACGCUUUGAACGACGGAUCAAUUUCAUCGAGAUUAACGUUACAUUGGACCUUUGUGAAAAAAAAAAAAACAAACAAACAAACAAAGACAACAAAAAAAGAAAAUAACGAAGUAACAAAUGAGAAAUCAUCUCAUCUGACAAAAACCAUAAUUUUAUCAAUAAAGUUUUAUGAACAUAUGAAA